AUGCUUACCACAACGUUCACAGCCUUGAUUGCAGUGGUGGCCAGCUUUGCUGCCGCCUUACCCAGCCCAGCUCAGGCCGAUGCCCCAACACGAGUGGAGGAGCCCUUGUCAAAGCGUACCGAUCAUUACGGUCUCGGGACAAUUUACCAGCAGCUUGGAGGCUAUGGCUCAUGUGGUAUUCAGAACCCCGAUUCUGCUCUGAUCGCCGCUCUUGGAAAUUACUGGAUGAAGAACCAGUAUCAGUCCGAGUAUUGCGGCCGUUUGAUCCAGGUCACGAACACUGGCAGUGAUGAUGGUGUAGGUGGCAAAGGCAAUACCGUCGUUGUAAAGGUGCAAGACACAUGCCCCAGCUGUGAUGAGAAUCACAUCGACUUUUCUGUCGGGGCUUGGAACCAGUUGACCAACAACGCUGCUUGGGGAACUGUGAACAUUGAGUGGCAUUUCUGUAAUGUCAACGGCCAAUGUUAG